AUGUCGUCAGGAGAGUUACCAUGCUAUACGUUGAUUCAUGUACCGAGCGAUUUUGAAAUACCAAGUGAAGUACAGCUAAAAGAAAAAUUCGAAAAAGGUGAUAUUAAGACGAAAACAGAUGCAUUGAAGAAGCUGAUUAUGAUGAUAAUGAAUGGAGAAAAGGUAGGACAGGGUAUGAUGAUGCAAGUGAUUCGAUUCUGUUUACCUACGUCUGAUCAUACUAUCAAGAAACUACUUCUGUUAUUCUUUGAAAUCGUUCCCAAGACAACAUCAGAUGGUAAGUUACUACAUGAAAUGAUAUUAGUAUGUGAUGCAUAUCGCAAAGAUUUACAACAUCCUAAUGAAUUUAUUCGAGGAUCCACACUGAGGUUUUUAUGCAAACUUCGUGAACCGGAACUUCUGGAGCCUCUUAUGCCUGCAAUUCGUUCAUGUCUCGAACAUCGUCAUGCUUAUGUUCGACGCAACGCUGUUUUGGCCAUUUUCACCAUCUACCGUAAUUUCGAAUUCCUCAUUCCGGAUGCACCAGAAUUGAUAUCGACCGUAUUGAACAGUGAACAAGACGCGUCUUGCAAACGAAAUGCAUUCAUGAUGCUUCUUCAUGUUGACCAAAACAGAGCUUUAGAUUAUUUGUCUGAAGUAAUCGACCAAGUUACUACAUUUGGCGAUAUUCUUCAGCUUAUAAUCGUGGAACUCAUUUACAAGGUUUGUCACGCAAAUCCACCAGAACGAACACGCUUCAUUCGUUGUGUUUAUAAUCUCUUGCAGUCUUCAUCUCCAGCAGUAAAAUACGAGGCAGCUGGUACACUUAUCACUUUAAGCUCUGCUCCUACUGCUAUCAAAGCUGCUGCAUCAGCUUAUAUCGAUCUUAUCGUUAAGGAAUCAGACAAUAAUGUCAAGUUAAUUGUUUUGGAUCGAUUGGUGGAGUUGCUGUCUUCUCCUACUAGUGAAAAAGUGCUGCGUGAAUUAGUAAUGGACAUUUUACGCGUAUUGUCAGCUUCGGAUCUUGAAGUACGUAAGAAGACACUAAAGCUUGCAUUGGAUCUAGUAUCUUCACGUAAUGUCGAAGAAAUGGUCAUGUAUUUGAAGAAGGAAGUUAGUCGUUCUUCGGAUGGAACAGCGGAAGAGGCAGAACGAUAUCGACAAAUGCUUGUGCGAACGUUGCAUUCCACUACAGUCAAAUUUCCAGAUGUCGCAGCAAAUAUUUUGCCAGUUUUGAUGGAAUUUCUUUCCGAAGAUAGCGAAAAUGCUGCGCAAGACGUUUUGGUGUUUGUGAGAGAAACUGUUCAACGAUUACCACAUUUGCGCCCAGUUGUUUUAGCACAGCUUUUGGAUGUAUUUGGAAAUGUACAAAGUGCGCAAGUUUUUCGGUCGGGAUUAUGGAUUUUGGGUGAAUAUUGCGAAUCAGCUGAGUCAGUAAUGAAAGUAAUGCAGUUUAUUCGAAAGUCAUUUGGUGAAUUACCUAUUGUGGAAAAGGAAAUGCAGAAAGCCAGUGGUGACGAAAUCACAGAUGGAAAGAACGAAAAUUCAACAGCUGAUGUGACCUCGAAGACUCGACAACUUGUAACUGCCGAUGGCACUUAUGCUACCCAGUCAGCACUUUCGGCCGUAAAGACGGAAAUAACGGAAAAUAAAGCCUUGUUACGUCGUUUUCUUCUUAAUGGGAACUUUUUCUUGGCUUCAUCGCUUGCAACUACUCUAAUCAAACUAGUCUUUAAUUACAGCAAAUUUAUGCAAGAUAAAACUGACAAAAUUAAUUCAUUUGCGGGAGAAGCACUAUUCAUGAUUGCAUCAAUUAUCAGUCUUGGGAAGAGUGGUCUUGCGAAGACAAAUGCAACUGAAGAUGAUCUUGAUCAUCUGGGUAUGUCGGUCAAAGUUUUAUGCGAAAAAUGGCCUAAUGCAGAAGCUGUUUUUCUUCAAAAAUGUCGCGACAGUCUUGAAUUAAUGUUGGAAUCAAAAUCAAAAAAUGAACGUUUUGAAAGUGAAGCAACAAACAGAACUAUCCAAGUGGAGGUAGAUCGUACAAUUUCGUUUACGCAACUGGCUCCACGUGUUGGUGACGGAGUGACCGGAACCGAAAAUUUAUUCGAUCUUUCAUUAUCGCAAGCACUGGGAACUGUUGCAAAAUCUCCCAAAUUCGAUUUUGCUUCCUCUAAGUUGGGCAAGGUUAAGCAACUUGCUGGUUUUUCGGAUCCUGUUUAUGCUGAAGCAUAUAUCAACGUAAAUCAGUACGACAUCGUUCUUGAUGUGCUUAUUGUUAAUCAAACAAAUGAUACUCUUCAAAAUGUUUGCCUAGAACUAUCAACAGUUGGUGAUAUCAAGCUGCUCGAUAAGCCAACGCCUCUUACACUAGCACCGCGUGAUUUCUCCAACAUUAAGGCUACCGUGAAAGUUGCUUCUACGGAAAAUGGUGUAAUUUUCUCGACUAUAGCCUAUGAUGUUCGUGGGUCAACAUCUGAUCGAAACUGCGUUUAUCUGGAAGAUAUACAUAUUGAUAUCAUGGAUUAUAUUGUACCAGGCAAUUGUACGGACACUGAAUUUCGACAUAUGUGGGCCGAGUUUGAAUGGGAAAAUAAAGUCAACGUGAAUACACCAAUCACCGAUUUACGUACAUUCUUAACACAUCUGUCUACUGUUACGAAUAUGAAACUGUUGACCACUGAUGCCGCAUUAGAAGGUGAAUGUGGCUUUUUGGCUGCUAAUUUUUGUGCACAUAGUAUCUUCGGAGAAGACGCAUUGGCCAAUGUUUCUAUAGAAAAAACCAGUCCCCUUGAUCCAGAUAGUUCGAUCAUAGGGCAUAUACGAAUUCGUGCCAAAAGUCAGGGAAUGGCGUUAUCACUUGGUGAUAAGAUAAACUUCGCUCAGAAAGAGAGGAAAUUAACGCUAUUGAAAGCAGAAGUAGUGCCGAACUGA